AUUAACCCUGGCAGUAAAGCAGCCAUGGCCAACCUGUGCCCAGGAGAUGUUAUUCUGACAAUUAAUGGAGAGAGCACAGAGAACAUGACCCACCUAGAAGCACAAAACAAGAUCAAAGCAUGCAUGGACCAGCUGCUGCUCUCUGUGAACAGAGCUGAAGGGAAGACCUGGUCACCCCCUGUCCUGGAAGAUGGCAAAGCUCAAGCCUACAGGAUCAACGUGGAGCCAGACCCACAGGACAACGGGCCUGCCCUGAGCAGGAGGGUGAUGCCCCCUGGGGCUGGUGGAAGCCCCGUGGAGAAGCAGCAGCUGCUGAACGUGCAGCACCAACCCCCGACACGGCUCUAUGGUGGCUCUGAGGCAGCUCUGCCAGGCCAGCUGAGUGGGCUCCACAUCUCCCCUGCCCACAGCCUCGACCCCUUGAAGUCUCUCCCACGGAACAGAAACGGGAUUGAUGUGGAGUCAGAUGUCUACAAGAUGCUGCAGGAUUAUGAGAAGCCCAUUUCAGAGCCUAAGCAGUCCGGAUCCUUCCGAUACCUGCAGGGCAUGCUGGAGGCUGGAGAGAAUGGUGAAAAACUCGACAAGCUGAGCAACCCCCGGAGCGUGAAGUCCCCGGUGUCCAAGCUGGGCAGUGCCAUCCCUGGGCUGCAGAUGCUCCCCGAGUGCACCCGCUGCAGGAAUGGCAUCGUGGGCACCAUCGUCAAAGCUCGGGACAAGCUCUACCACCCCGAGUGCUUCAUGUGUGACGACUGUGGCCUCAACCUGAAGCAGAGAGGGUAUUUCUUCCUGGAGGAGCAGCUGUACUGCGAGACACACGCCAAGGAGAGGGUGAAGCCCCCUGAGGGCUACGACGUGGUGGCCGUGUACCCCAACGCCAAAGUCGAACUCGUCUAA